AUGCAGUCAAUACUGGCUUUCGCUCUGCUACUAUUCCUGUGCACCACUGGAGCAUUAUCAUUGACGAUUGGAUCCAAGCCAAAGAUAGCAAAAGUUUCAGCGGGUCCUCUGCAAAUUUCAACUUUGGGAUGCGGAACAUGGUCGUGGGGAAAUCGGCUGUUGUUUGACUACGACCCGUCCCAAGAUGAAGAAAUAUACGAGGCUUACAAAGAGGUUCGGGAUGCAGGAGUGACGAUUUUCGAUACUGCUGACUCGUAUGGAACCCUAGAUCUGAAUGGACGUGCUGAACAGCUCUUGGGAGAGUUUGAAAGGAGGUAUCAAAGUGACGUUGCCGAAUCCAACAAAGAGAAAAAUUGGUGGGAUUUUGGCUCGGCCCAAGCGAAUGACAAUGAACAGCAAGUGGCCACGAAAUUGGCACCUUAUCCAUGGAGAGUAACAAGUUCCAGUUUUGUCAAGGCAGCUGAAGGAAGUCUUCGUCGCCUGCAACAGCCUCAACUUGCGGUUGCUCAACUUCAUUGGAGUACGUCCAAGUAUCAACCCUUCCAAGAAAAGGCUUUGUGGGCAGGUGUGGCUGAUAUUUACGACAAGGGUCUAGCAAAGUCCGUUGGCGUAUCAAACUUUGGUCCGAUCCAACUUCAAAAGGUUUCCGAUUACAUGAAGGAGCGAGAAGUCCCUCUUGCUGUCGCACAGAUCCAAUAUUCUCUCAUGACCUACGGCGAAGCAAAGGAAAUGAAUUCGGCUUGCGAUGAUAACAAUUGUCGACUUAUAUCAUAUUCUCCUCUCUGUUUGGGAUUGCUGACGGGCAAGUACAACUUGGACAAUCUUCCCAAGAGUAGCGCGAGAAAACAGCUAUUCCGAGAACUACUUCCUGGAGCACAAGAUCUGCUGGGAACCUUGAAUGCUGUCGCUGGCGAAUACGGCAAGUCGCAGACCCAAGUCGCAAUCAACUGGGCCAUUUGCAAGGGAACCGUGCCAAUUCCGGGAUGUAGGACGUUGCAGCAAGCUCGAGAGAAUCUCGGAGCCACUGGUUGGACCCUCAAGCCCGAUGCCGUGGCAGAGUUAGACAAUGCCGCUUUGAGCGUGGGCAAGCCAAUGAUUCAAAACAUCUUUCAAACAAAGUAA